AUGCUGGCGUUCCAUGGCUUUUCAUUGCUAUCACUCGCCUUGUUUGCCAGUACAGUCCCACUUGCUGCCUGCCAAGCCCGGCCUAGCUAUCACAUCACCCCCGAAACGAAAUGGAUGAAUGACCCCCAACGUCCGUUCUUCCUCGGGGAUGAGUGGCAUUUAUAUUACCUUUACAAUUCCGACUUUGUCAGUUCAGACCCCGGUUCAGGCGGGACAGAAUGGUAUCAUGUCACGAGCACCGACAUGGUAAACUGGACUCGCCAGGGUGUAGCGAUCGAGAAAUACAAACCCAAUCCUCCCAACGGCGUGAACCUGGGUGACAUCGAAACUGGCGGCGCCGUAGUGGAUGAAAACAACACAGCUGGUUUUGGUAAAAAUGCCGUAGUGGCCAUUGUCACGCAGAUGGAGAAUGGGGUGCAACAACAGGCUCUCUAUUAUUCAACCGACAAUGGCUACAGCUUCACCCCUUACAACGGCAAUCCAGUACUGCCAAGCCCAGACCCGGACGCAAAACCCGCAUUUCGAGACCCCAAGAUCUUUUGGGAUGGCGGAGCAAGCAAUUGGGCUAUGGCACUCUCGGAGGGUGAUCAUAUUGCAUUCUAUACGUCUCCAGACCUCAAGACCUGGAAGCAGACAUCCUCGUUCACUCCAAACACGGGCGCGAAAGGAAGUACCGUGUAUUGGGUCGGGAAAUGGGACGGCAAUGGCUUCACAGCCACAGACGCGAAUCCGCAAUUGAUGGAUAAUGGGCCUGACUUCUACGCCACAGUCAGCUGGGAUAACCCAGAAGAUACAUACGGCAGUCGCUAUGCAAUUGCCUGGAUGAAUAACUGGGAGUACGCAAAUUCGCUACCUUAUUACGGGGACUUUGCUGGUCAGCUCAGUAUGGUCCGCAAGUUUAAGCUCAAGACCAUCAUUAAUUCUCCUAUCCUGGUAAGCAGUCCAAUAGCAGGGUAUGAAGGAAUUUUUGGCUCUGCCAAAUCUGUGAGUAAUAAGACUAUUACAACGGAUCCGAAAUCUGCAUCUCUGCCCAGCGGCUUAACCGACGAGGCAUACGUCAUCCGCGCAACGGUCUCUAAGGCAGACAGUGACGAUGGCAACAAAGUCCGCUUUCGCAUCAAGUCCGACGGUGCUUUUAGCACAACCAUUGGUUAUAGCUUUAACCAGUCCCAAGCGUUUUUGGUGAGAGAUUCCGACGGUUCCGCGACAGAUUCCAUGCCAUCGGAUGCGAAGAAUGCAUACGACGCUGUACCUACGGCGCCGAAUCCUUCAGGAGGCAGCACGGUCAAGCUGGAAAUAUAUGUGGAUUCGAACUCGGUGGAGGUGUUCGUGGAUGACGGUGUGGCUGCGCUAUCUGCGCUCAUUUAUCCGAAUGAAGCGGCGGAGGGGGUUCUGGUUAUGUCCGAUAUGGGGAGCUUAACGUUAGUGUCGUUUAGCUAUGCUGGGUAUAAGGCGUAG